AUGGAUUCGGAAAACGCCCAAACAUUAAGCUUGCCAAAUGGCGAUGUUGUAAAAAAACCAUUUCUGAUUGGAGUUGCUGGCGGUACGGCUAGUGGUAAAUCGACAGUAUGUAAGAAAAUUAUGACCGAAUUGGGUCAAACCGAUAUGGAACACGAUCAACGACAGGUGGUGACCAUUAGUCAGGAUAGUUUCUAUCGUGAGUUGACUGCCGCCGAAAAGGCUAAAGCCUUUCAGGGCCUCUACAAUUUCGAUCAUCCCGAUGCUUUUAAUGAACAGCUAAUGUUUGAAACUUUGCAAUCCAUAUUGAAGGGUAUAAAAGUGGAAAUUCCAGCCUAUGACUAUAGGACAAAUUCAUUAGAUUAUGAAAAUAAAUUGACUAUUUAUCCAGCAGACGUUGUGCUAUUUGAAGGCAUAUUAGUUUUUUAUUUUCCCAAAAUAAGGGACUUGUUUCACAUGAAACUAUUUGUGGAUACUGAUUCAGAUACACGUUUGGCCAGAAGAGUGCCCCGUGAUAUCAAUGAAAGAGGGCGUGAUUUGGAUGCGGUAUUAACUCAGUAUAUGACUUUUGUUAAGCCUGCCUUUGAAGAGUUUUGUUCACCGACUAAAAAAUUUGCUGAUGUUAUUAUACCCCGGGGAGCAGAUAAUACAGUUGCCAUUGAUUUGAUUGUCCAGCAUAUAAGAGAUUUCCUCAAUAAUCGUUCAUGUCAUGGUUCCACCAGCAACAUUCAAAUGGUCAUGAAUUUAGAUACUCUCAAUGCGGGAGUCCAACCAUAUCUAACAACACAACUAAUGUUAACCUGGGAUCCUUUUCUCGACCACACUGAUAAUAUAUGUAAAGUAAAAGCUUACUAUGCAAACAACCAACACCACCACCCAAACCAGUCACCAGUUAAGAAAAAGCUCAAGAAAACGUCUAAAGACAACUACUUGGCCUAAAUGUUUCUUAUUGCCCGCCUCUCACUAACCAACCACCCAUACACCAAAAUUGUUUAACAUUGCAUCACAACUUCAAUAUGCUAAUAUCAAUUGCAACAACAAUGACAACAGCGUUUUGGCGUAUUUUUAAUAAUAAUAUAAUAUAUGUGUGUUUCUCUUAAUAUACAACUUUUUCUAUAUUUUAAGAUGGAAAUUCGUAUCAAGCCAUACGAAGAUUUUCCACACUGUGCAAGGAAUUGACCAUACAAAGCAAUGUAUUUUUUGAAAAGAAUAAAAAUCUAACACAACACUAAAGACGUAUAAGGAAACAAGAGGAGAGUGUAAAACAAACACACACUUAAUGAAGAAGACAACGAAAUACCUUUUUGUAAAGUAUGUGAUUACAAAGUAAAUAUCUUAAACAAAACCUAAUAAUAUUCAAUAAUUUUUUAUUUUAAUUAAUUUACCAUUUUGGUACAGACUUCUAAAAAACUGUUUUUUUUUUUAAGAAAAAUUAUAAUUUUUUUAUUUUCUUUUGAUAAUAUUUGAAUAUAAACUUUAAAACAGAAGUUCGAAUUAAGUGCCAUAUACUGAAUUUCAAAGUGCCAUAUUUCGAAUAUUAUUAAAUUGAACAUGUUUUUUUCAGGUUGCUAGAAGUCUGUCCAAAGUUUUACACAAAUAAUUGAGUAAUUAAGUAUAACAUUUUGAACAAACUUCAUGACCAUUAUAACUAAUUCGAUAAUUAUUUUUUUAUUUAUCAAU